AUGAUUGCUGAUCGAUAAGAGUUCUUAGCCCGCUUUUGCAAUUUUGCACCCCACCUCAAAUACUUCCAAGAAGCAACUACGCAUCACCAUGGCUGCCCAGGCUAGUUCGGAGCUUCAUAAGCUCGACUUGAACGGCCAAAAUGGUCAUGCCAAGCAUGCUGCCAGCACUUCCGCAGACAAUGCAGCAGAGAACGAGGACUCGGAUGAUGACAAGGAUGAAGAGGAUGGCGCCGCAGAAGGCACAGCUGCCGGAGCCGCGAAGAAAAAAAAGAAGCGCAAGCCCAAGAAGAAGAAGAAGGCUGGUGCAAAGACACAGACCUCUCCUCCUCGCGUUCCACUCUCCGAGCUUUUCCCAAACAACCAGUACCCGGAAGGCGAAAUCGUUGAAUACAAGGAUGAAAACAACUAUCGUACAACCAAUGAAGAGAAACGCUAUCUUGACCGCAUGAACAAUGAUUUCUUACAAGAGUAUCGCCACGGAGCGGAGGUCCACCGUCAAGUUCGUCAGUGGGCCCAGGCCAAUAUCAAACCGGGCCAGACCUUAACAGAGAUUGCGGAGGGAAUUGAGGAUGGCGUUCGUGCUUUAACCGGCCAUCAAGGUCUGGAAGAAGGAGACAACAUCAAGGGAGGAAUGGGAUUUCCUUGCGGUCUUAGCAUCAACCAUUGUGCGGCUCACUACACGCCUAAUGCCGGCAACAAAAUGGUUCUGCAGCAGGGAGAUGUUAUGAAGGUUGAUUUUGGUGCCCACAUAAACGGCAGAAUUGUCGAUAGUGCCUUUACAAUGACCUUUGACCCAGUCUAUGACAACUUGUUGGCUGCUGUUAAGGACGCUACAAACACUGGAGUUCGGGAAGCUGGUAUUGACGUUCGUAUGAGUGACAUUGGGGCAGCUAUUCAGGAAGCCAUGGAAAGCUAUGAACUCGAAUUAAACGGAAAUUCAUACCCAGUGAAAUGUAUCCGUAACCUGAACGGACACAAUAUUGAUCAGCACGUCAUCCACGGUGGCAAAAGUGUUCCCAUUGUAAAAGGAGGUGAUCAAACAAAGAUGGAAGAAGGCGAAGUCUUUGCUAUCGAAACUUUUGGAAGUACCGGUAAAGGCUACGUAAGGGACGAUAUGGAAACAUCCCACUAUGCCAAAGUUCCAGAUGCCGCCAAUGUGGCACUCCGUCUGUCUUCUGCAAAGAAUCUUUUGAGCGUGAUCAACAAGAAUUUCGGCACCCUGCCGUUUUGCCGACGAUAUCUUGAUAGACUCGGCCAGGAGAAAUACCUCCUUGGAUUGAAUAAUUUGGUAUCUGCAGGAAUAGUCCAGGAUUAUCCGCCGUUGUGCGAUGUCAAGGGCUCCUAUACCGCUCAAUUCGAACAUACAAUUCUUCUACGACCCAAUGUAAAAGAAAUCAUCAGUCGAGGCGACGAUUAUUGAGGGGCAAUGCCCAAAUACGAAAGAGAUACUACAGCUUGUUUCUUUCUGUGGCUUUGUGCCUUGGCUGAUGCAAUAUUUUUAACGACAUGCUUGCAUAUAUUUGGAUUAAAGGAAAAGCAAAUAAAAAUUAUGCGACCCACUCUGUCUGAAUUUUGAUUUCAGAGAAAUAGAAAAUCGACAUUGUAUUUUUGUAUCAUAAUAAA